AUGGAUAACGUUCAAGGCUUCUUACCUUAUAUUGUCUCUGCUAUUCUUGCAGCUGGAACUGCUUAUUAUUUCGCGAACAAAAAGAGCGAUGUCUUGGACGCAAAGGUAUACAAAAGGUUCAAAUUGAUGGAAAAGAUUGCUAUUUCCCAUAACACAGCCAUCUAUCGUUUUGCUUUACCCCGUAAAGAUGCUGUCUUGGGUCUUCCUAUCGGACAGCAUGUUUCAGUCAUGGCCGAAAUCAACGGUAAACAGGUUUCUCGUAGCUAUACACCAACUAGUUCAGAUGAUGAUCGUGGCCAUUUUGAUUUAUUGGUCAAGACUUAUCCAAAUGGUAACAUCUCUAGAUUAUUCAGUGAAUUGAAACUUGGAGAUGAAUUAUCCGUUCGUGGACCCAAGGGCAACUUUGUUUAUACACCUAAUAUGUGCAGAGAAAUUGGCAUGAUUGCCGGUGGCACUGGUAUUACUCCUAUGCUUCAGAUCAUCCAUGCCAUCGUCAAGAACCCUGCUGAUAAAACCAAAGUGAAUCUUAUCUUUGGUAAUGUGAGUGAAGAAGAUAUCUUGCUUCGUAAAGAAUUAGACGAAAUUGCUCAAAAGCACGAUAAUAUCUCUGUUUACCACGUCUUGAAUAAUCCACCCGAGAACUGGACUCAAGGAUCCGGAUUUAUUACUGCAGACAUGAUCAAGGAGCGCUGUCCUGCUCCUGCAAAUGAUAUCAAAAUUCUCCUUUGUGGACCUUUACCAAUGAUCAAGGCUAUGACAGAACAUUUGGUUGACUUGGGUUAUGAUAAACCUCGUGCUGUUAGUCAACUUUCUGAUCAAGUAUUCAAAUUUUAA